CACCACCACCACCACCACCACCACCGGAUGAGCACCGCCGAUCUCUCUCUCUCAGCGUUCAAUCCAAUUCAUAGCCCACUCCUACGCCGUCCGACGUCUUCCUCCGCCCCCUAUCUUCUCCCUCCACCUCCAUCGCUAUCUCCUCGGCCGCACUCUCUCGCUCGUCUCCUCCACCUCUGCUCAAGCCGCGCCGAUCGCCGCGGGAUCCUUCGCCGGACGUCUCCGAUCACCAUGUCCUGCGGCAGCACGGACCGGCUUCGACCCGAACUGAGCGAACUCAACGACGAGUCCGAUUUCGAGAAGCUCUUCACUCCCAGCGGCCGCAUUUCCAUCUGCGGCUUCGGUUCUCUGCUCUCCGAGCGAAGCGCGAGGAGUACGUUUCCUGAUCUGGUCGACUUUAGAGUGGCGAGACUGGACGGAUUCCGGCGCGUUUUCGCCCACGUUGCUCCUAUUUUCUUCGAGCGCGGCAUCGCCAAACCCGAAACCAAGGAGAUCUCCAGCCUCAGUGUGGAGUCAUGUGAGGGUGAGACUCUUGUGGUCACGGUCUUCGAGAUUGAAAAAUCUGAGAUACCAGCUUUCAUGAGGAGGGAGCUCGAGUUCCGAUUUCUCGCUGUCAGGCCUCGGACACAUGAUGGCAAGCCCUUCGAGAAUCUAGCGGUGCUUUGCGCUCGUUAUACUGAUGAGGAAUUUUUCCGAAUCAGAUGCAGAGGAAGCAAGGAGAUUUAUUUUCAACAUUAUGGACGUUACGAUAUUGAUAAGAUAUGGCGGGAUGAUGUUUUACCUUGCCGCUCUUAUCUUAGGCACUGCGUCUUGGCUGCAAAGAAUCUGGGUGAUGCUGCCUACGACAAUUUUCUAGAUCAUACAUACCUGGCUGAUCGAAAAACGACAAUCAGAAAGUAUUUGGAAACGACAGGGUCGGGCAUCAUGGAAGAGGAGCCUCCGGAAUCCCUGAGAACCCGUUAUGGUGGCUAAUGUCAUUAGUGAUGCGUCUUCUGCAAAAGAUAUUCUUGAUUCGGACCUUGUGGUAUUCAUCCUCCCACAUUUUCGAGAAGCCUAAAGAAAGUGAUUCUGUAUGAGUGUGAUGUGAAAGAUUUCUUCUUGUGUUAGUGGUCGACUGUAAUUAGGAAAUCAACAGCAAUCUGGUUGUAAAGCUUUUCACAAGUUGCAUUUCCCAGGUCUGCUCCUCCCGCUCAUUUACAGAGAAACAGGAAAAAAGAGACAUACGCUACUGAUAAACAGUGAGUUUUAAGUUGAAGAGAGCCAAUACCUGUG